UGCAGUCUUGCAGAUUGCACUUUGCAAUCAGUUCACGAUUGUCGUAAAUUGCAUAUUGCAUAACCACAACACGGUUCGUGGUUACAAGAAAGUUUAUCAGUUUAUCAGGAAAAAAAUAAAACGACAAGUUGACAACCGUCCUACGUUCAUCAAUAAUUUUACUGAACUAAACAACCAAAUUUUUAAUUAUGCACGACCAAACACUUAGAUUAGAUAUUAUAAUAAGUAUACAACUCAUAAGAGUAUUAAGUAUCUUUUUAAACGUAGCAGAAUUUUACUCAUACUGUUAGCGAUUUCGUUACAAUGUUUUCCUAGUCAUUAUUUAUAAGUAUUUUUUUUUUUCAAUACAGCUGAAAACUGAUCUCAACUCUUCUGUUAUGACCAAUCUGUGAGUUAUAAAAAUGAAUAAACAAAAUAUUUCACCUAAAAAAAAAUCGAGCUUGUUAAGUAUACUACAUUUAAGGAAAAAAAAAACAACAACGCCCGAAACUGAUACAUCAAAACAAGCAUUUUAUCAAUUAGAUGGUCCAUAUCGUAAUGUUUCUAAUCCACUCAAUAGAAGCACAAAUGUCUCUUUAUGUUGUGCAAUUACCGAGACAACAAAGACACCAUCUGAUUUCCAAAAUGGAGAAAACUCAAAUGAACCUGAUGUGUGUUCAUGUACAGUGGAACCCAAUACUUCUCAUAAACGGUCUUUGAGUCUUGGCUUACAUUCAUCUGCCAACGGUGUGAAUCCAGAAUAUAAAGAUACUGAAACAAAUGAACCAUCAACUCCUUCUUCGGAAAAAUGUGACAGGUUACGAAAAAUGUUUAGCAAUGCACAACAUGUGUCUGCCGAUAGUAUCAUUAUUCCAAAAACCCCUACUAUAAAUACAGCAGAUUCAAAGCCAAUUCGUCCAUCAUCUACAACUACUUUAACAGCAUCUGAAUAUAUAAAAAAAACUGAAACUAAAAAUAACUCAAUGGAUAGUUUAGCCAGACAAGCUUUAUUUGCAGUACAAGUAUUACAUCUUAUUCCCACGUCUGAUGUUAAAGAACGAAACUAUUUGCAUGGACGUAUUGCAGGAAAUUCUUUACUAGGAGCUAUGGAAUUGGAGCGAGUUUUACAUAAUCGUGAAGUUCGUAUAUAUGUUGGAACAUGGAACAUGAAUGGCCAAGCGCCUCCACCUGAACUUAAUGAACUACUACUACCAGACACUGUUCCUCAUUUGCCAGAUAUUCUUGCUAUAGGUACCCAAGAAAGUUACCCUGAUAAAUUUGAAUGGGAAGUAAAUAUUCAAGAAACUAUUGGUCCAUCACACAUUCUUUUUCAUUCUGCUUCAUUAGGCACAUUACAUUUAGCCAUUUAUAUCCGAAGAGAUUUAAUAUGGUUUUGCUCUGUUCCUGAAGAAUCAAGUUUUAGUACUCGACCGGGAACAGCAUUUCGAACAAAAGGCGCUGUUGCAAUUUCGUUUUCUUUAUUUGGUUCGUCAAUAUUAUUUAUAACAUCGCAUCUUACUGCACAUGUAGAAAAAGUUAAAGAACGUUUACAAGAUGUGCGUAGAAUUAUUAAAUCUUUGGAACUUCCAAAACUUUUGCCUGUUAAACAUAAAACAAAAGAUGUUACUAAUAAUUUUGAUUAUGUAUUUUGGUGCGGAGAUCUAAACUUCAGAUUAGCCCAUUCACGACCCGAAGUCAUGAAAUGGGUUACACAGCAUAGGUUUCCUUUGGUAUCACCUAUGCAUCAAACACUUUCAGAUCAACUGAAUGACUGUAUUUCAAAUGGUUUAGUAUUUCGUGGAUUCCAAGAAGGCCCAUUAACAUUUGCACCAACAUAUAAGUAUGAUCCAGGAACUGAAAUGUUUGAUACAACUGCUAAACAAAGAACACCUUCAUAUACAGAUAGAAUUCUUUUCAAAUGCGGAAAACAACAGGUUCUACCAAGUCCUACAGGAUCCACUUGUACUUCAUCUAGUAUUGAAUGUUUAACUUACUGUUCAGUUCCAACAGUAUGUACAUCUGACCAUAAACCAGUUUGGGGUCUUUACAAGUGUUCAAUUCGGCCUGGUAUUGAUACUAUGCCUUUAGCCGCUGGACAGUUUAAUCGUGAUGUUUACUUGGAAGCAAUCAAAAGACGAGCCGCAAGUAUGGACAAACGUGUUGGAACAUCCGCUGUUUGUAAUGUACAAUAACAAAAAACUGAUAAGCCUAAAAAAAGGCAAAAAGUGAUAAAAUCUUCUUAAAAGGGUACUAUAUAUUUAGUUUGUAGAAUAAUAUCUAAAGGGGGAUCAAAUAAUUAAUCAUUUGUAUUAAUCAAAAAUGAUUAACUAUUAAGAAGUCAAAUGACAUAUAAAUCACGCACUAAAAGACUGCAUGUAAAAGGUAAAACUAUCAGCUAUAUUAAAUUUGCUUGACUGUCUGUGGUGCUUUCAUUUUAAUAUUGUUUUGUAAUUAUUUUUUUUGAAUUUUAUAGAUAUUUAACCCCUACUAAAGUAAUUUUGUCUAGUCAAAAUAAAAUGUAAAUGUGCAAUUUUUAAUACCACUUACCACUUAUUAUAAUCCUUGUCCUACUGUUAAUUUAAUUUUUACCUAUUUACUUUACUACACCUAGUUUUAAUUCUUUAUCUAAUUUUUGUUUAACCACAAUUCAUACUGUUAAAAUUAAUGUUUUUUAUUUUUAAUUCGUAUUGUUAUUAUUAUUAUUAUUAUUAUUAUACCAGUACAGUCAAUUCAGUAUUCUUAUACUAUUCUGAUAUUACCAAGUAAAAGAUGAUAAUAAAUAUAUUGAAGAUAUAAAAAUAACCAUUACAAAUAUUAAUUAUUAUAUACUUUUUUAAUGACAGUUAAUUUUAUCGUUUUAUAUAUUACUAGUUGAUGUUAUAUUGACCAUAUUUAUUAAAGUAUAGAUUAACUAUAACUACACAGAUAUUUUCAUUAUUAUUUUUACCUACUUAAAAAGGUAGACAAAAUUUUAAUUACUGUGAUAUUUUAUAGCUCCAGUGUUAUGCAAGUUUGUAUAAAUAAUUAUAAUUUUAAUUAUUUUGUUUAUUAGUUUUAGUUAUUAAAUAUUAUUGAUGUGAUUAUAAUAUUAUAUUGACAGGUAUGGAUUUCAGACUUUUAUAAUGAAUGUUUUAAUAUUUUAAGUACUUUACUAUUUCUCAUUCAUUUUUAUACCUUUUUUUAUGUACCUAAUAUUUUUUUUAAUUUAGUUUUUUGCUAUUUAGCAAUCCUCAAUAACUAAGCCUGUUUAUUAUAAUUUACCAAUCAAACAUACUCUAAAGACAAUAUAGCGAGUUUUAAUCUAAAUGCUAUACAUUAUUUAAUUAUAGUUUAUUAUUUUUUAAAUCCUGAUUGAUAUUCGUGCUAUGUGUAUUUUAAAUAAAUCAUGAUGAAUAAUAUAAAAGUAAUAUUUAUUUUUCUUAAUUAUUUUAUUCUAGGAGUAAGUUACAGUCUGACAAUACUAUAGAAUACAUGAUGGUUUUUACUGACCACGGUUAAAUAUAUACUAUAUAUCUUUAAUUGUGUUACUGACUUACUUGUUAUUAUUUAAAUAUAAUCAUUUGAUAUUUCUAAUUCAAACAUAAUACUAAUUAGUAA